AUGGAAAAAAGGAUAACAGCAAGCCUCCCCGCCUAUGAAUUAAGCGAAUUCGAGUCUUGCCUGACUGAAUUUUUCCCCCACGAAUUGACGCGAAGUUAUAUCAGGAAGCUUUGCGUGGAACACUAUCGUUGCGUGGAGGUUGUUCAAGUUGACAAUUUUGGAUUACCGUGUGCUUAUGAUAAGCUCGUUUGGGUCUCGGAACAGCCCAAGGUUCCUGUUUCCGCGUUCACCAAGUCAAGUAACUCCAAGAUGAAUCUUUCUAUCUUGACCGGUUUGGCCCACUUACGAAUAGCUAUUAGUCGUCAUGAACAAGAGGAAAAAAGGCUUAAUGCAAAAAUCGAAGAGCGACGUCGCGAAAUCAGGUCCAUGUUGCGCAUCAACAAGUAA